AUGGCUUCAUCUACAGACGAUAUGUUUGAGACUUUAUAUUGCCGAGAGUAUGAACACCAAAUUCAAGAUGGUGACAAUGAAAUAAUGCCUUUUCCUGUAAGUGGCGUAGAUCACCAAAGUGAUGCACACCAAACCUUUGAUGGAGACCAAGACAAACUUGACAUCCUUAUUAAACUGGAUGAAGAUCCCUAUUACCAAGGACCAGGCACGGACCAGGUAGAAAAGUGGACAGAACUUAACCUUAGAGGGUUAAGAUGCAGAAUCCCCGACAGCAUAUCAUGUUGUAAAAGCUUAAGGAUACUUGAUAUUUCCAAUAACAGCCAAUUAGACAAACAGGAAAUAGUGAAAGUCUGUGGGUUGGAAACCGUGGAAGAGUUAGACAUGUCUAAUUCCUGUAUUACUGCAAUGCCGCAAGACAUAACCGCUUUUAAGCGGUUGACAAAACUUAACUUGUCCCAGAACCAAUUGACAGAACUGCCUUUGCAAUUGUGUCAUCUCGUGAAACUGGAGGAGCUUGACCUUAACCACAACAACAUAGCGUUCAUUACGCCACAGGUAAAGCAGUUUUGCAGCUUGAAGAAGUUAAACCUCUCCAACAACCCUUUAGGAGAAUUCCCACUUGAAGUGUGUAACAUAAAAACGCUGGAGAAUAUUUCCCUUGCACAUACUGGCAUUACAACCGUCCCACAAAAUAUAACAUUACUUGAAAACUUGAAGGGGUUAUCCCUGUCGUCAAAUUGUUUAAAAGAAUUCUCAUCGACUCUAUGUGAACUGGAAGCAUUAGAGACCCUCGAUAUUUCUAGAAACUACAUCACUACGGUGCCACUUAAAUUAAAACAAUCACAGCGUUUGAACAAAUUAAACCUGUCUCAUAACCAAUUGGAAGAACUCCCAAUAUCAGUAUGUAAGUUGGUGAGACUGGUGACUCUUGACCUCCAGGGCAACAACAUCACUACAGUGCCACCGCAGAUAACACAACUUGUAAAUCUGAAGGCAAUGAAACUAACUGAUAAUAAGUUGGAAGAACUCCCACUGCAAGUAUGUAAGUUAGAGAGACUAGAGACACUUGACCUCAAGGACAACCACAUCACUACAGUGCCACCGCAGAUAACACAACUUAAGAAUCUCAAGGUACUUGACCUGUCAAAUAACAAGUUAGAAGAACUUGCGCUGUCAUUGUGUGUGUUGCUGAGAUUGGAAGCGCUUCACCUCAGUGGCAACCACAUCACUACAGUGCCACCUCAGAUUCAACAACUUAAGAAUCUGAAGGCAUUUGACAUAUCUAAUAACAAGUUGGAAGAAUUUCCGCUGCCAGUGAGUGAGUUGGUGAGACAAGAAAAACUUGACCUCAGAAACAACAACAUCACAACAGUGCCACCUCAGAUAACNAAAUAA